AUGAAGGAAACGAACCUCAAGGUCGACGCUACUUCCGCUCUGGCGGAAGACAACGCGCUUGUGAUCUGUACAGGAGUUGACGGGGAUGACUUCCCACUGCUUGCCAGAGAAGUCUCACAUGGCCCAUAUCAAAUUCCGUCAUCAAAAUGCUUUGCCACUUGCGAAGAGCGCCGACACAUCCGACAGAAGCUUACGCGGUGGCUAUCUUCAGGCAGCGGGGUGUUCCACUUCUCGGCUAAGCUCGGAGCUUGCAAGUCGACUGUGAUGAAGAUGAUAACCAACCAUGAUGAGAGCCGAAAGCGGCUUGAUACUUGGGCAGGCGAUAAGACUCUGAUUUGUGCCAAGUUCUUCUUCUGGAACUCUGGGAGCGAGCGGCAAAGGUCCAUCUCCGGUUUAUAUCUCGGGCUGCUCCAUGAAGUUCUCUCAGCUCAUCCUGAUCUCACACCCCAUGACCUUCCCUCGUUCUGGGAGACGGUGUACACAUCCUCUUGGCCGGCCGAUCGCAUGGAAUCGAUGCUUUGCAAGUUCGAUGAUAACAAACAAAGCCUAGGAAAUGGAUCCAGCACAUAUUUCAGUGACGUACCCGCAUUGAAAGAUUGGUGUUUUAGCCUACGCCCACGACAGAUCAUUGAGCUGUGGUCUUUCGAGAACAAAGCCCGGCUUCUUCACCUACUGGAUGAGAUAAAUGGCAAGCCAGAAGCCAAGCUUCAAAGAGGAGAAGAGGCAAUCAACGAAGAUGAGCCUCGGUCCCUACCCUUAGGCGAGAACCGGAAUACUGGGCAUGAAGCGGUCAACGACGGAAUCGGUGUGGCACUUGAGCAUCUGGGAAAGCGAGCCAUUGUGCCGAGACUAUUCGCGCAUGUUUUCAUCGUUCGUUUCGCUGCCACGCUGGUCUCAGUAUGGCUUCUGAGCCAGCUCUCUGAACUCGCUUUGAGACAGAUUCAUGCUUGA